AUGAAUGAUAAACUUAAAAUCGUUAUAGUUUUAGCAGUCAUUGUCAUAAGUGGAAAUUCUUUACCUGAAGUUAAAUUUGGGAAUCCACUCCUCAGAGCUUACCCAUGUCAAGGAUCUAAAGAGAUUGGCGCGUCUUUCACACCUGGUCUUAAUCCUGAAGAUAAUAAUGAAUAUUUAAUUUUUAUAAACAGAAAUUUCUACCCGGAUUCUAUAAUUCAUGUAACCUUUAAUGGAGACGCGAGCGUUACUUUAAAUGACAAAGAGGCUGCAGAAAUCAGUCGUGAAUCUAAGAGCUAUGUAAUGAAGUUUUUAAAAGAUAAACAAGGUAUCGGUUUUACUGUUAAAGGACUGACCACUAACAAAGUUCCUUACAUUACUAGUCUAGUUAUUGACAUGGUCGAAUAUUGCAGUGAACCGUUCGCGCUACGGGCCUUAAUUUUAAUAUUCCUAGCAGUUCGAGGUGAUGCUGAAAAUAAUAUGGACGAUAAUGAAGAAGACUUUGAUCCAAUCGGUAAUAUCCCUUUGCUCACUGAACAUCCUUGUCACGACUCCAGUGAUAUAGUCACUUGGUUUGACCCAGGUCUACCUCCAAGAGAAAAGAAUAGGUACUACGUUCUAAUGAACAGAUAUUUUGCCGAGGGUUCCGUCUUAAAUUUGUCAUUCGAUUCUGAUGUCAAUGUAUUUCACAGUCUCGGAGGGAAAAAUGAAAGAUUUACGAAAAUUUUCGUAAGUGUUGAUGAAGUACUUACAUUACGAUUUAAAACUGAAAGCGUUGGAUUUGGAUUCAUUGUGAAAGGACUUGUGCCUGGAACCAAUCCUUACUUCGAAAGUAUAACUAUUAACGAUGAAGAAGUCUGCAAUGAGCCCAAUGUGGGAUAUCUAGAAGAAUACAUAGCAGAGACUAUAGACAAAGGACCACACAGCACUUGUGGAAGACGUACUGUGGACCAUACUGAAUUAAUUGUCAAUGGUGCCAGCACAAAGCCAGGAGACUGGCCGUGGCAUGCAGCUAUUUACAGGCUAGAAAGGACUCUUUUGAAAUAUAGCUGUGGCGGGACAUUGAUAUCGAAGAAUUACAUAUUAACUAUUGCUCAUUGUGCUUCAACAACAAGAGGAGUUCCUAUAAAAACCAGUUUUUUAAAUAUUGUCCUUGGGAAAUAUAAUUUAUUUGGAGAUGACGCUGACACACAAGAAAGACUGGUCCACAAAAUAAUACUACACGAGAAAUUCGAUUACAAGUCUUUGAACAACGAUAUAGCUCUCCUCAAAUUGAAGUCUGAAGCUGUUUUUACUGAUUUCGUUAAGCCGGCUUGUUUGUGGUUCAGUAAUGCCGAUAGUGAUAAUGAAGGUACCGUGACUGCGGGAACAGUUUUUGGAACGGUUGUCGGUUGGGGAUUCGAUAGUAGCAACUCGUUAUCUCCUCAAUUACGCCAAUCGAAAAUGCCAAUGAUUUCUGAAAAUACUUGUAUCAAGAGUUACCCUCUUUUUUACGCAAACGCUCUAAUAAAUGGCAAAAAGUUCUGCGCUGGAUAUCAAAACGGUACGUCAGCCUGUAAUGGUGACAGCGGAAGUGCAUUCCAGGUUUUUGUUCCUGAUAAAAAACAAGAUGAGAAUGCUAAUACAACUGGCGCUUGGUACGUUCGCGGUAUUGUAUCUAUGACAGUGGCGAGAACAGACGUGUCCAUAUGCGAUCCGACGAAAUACGUCGUUUUCACAGAUGUUGAGAAAUAUAGAACGUGGAUUGACGCAUACUUGGAAAAUGAGAGAAAUUAAUACAUUGUAGACCGAUAUUUCACUCAUUGUGGUUAAGUUUAUCCUACACUUAAGUUAGGGAUAGAUUGACUUUAUCAGUAAAAGGUAGAAUAGCCCUUUUUUCCACGAUUUAUAAUGUACAUCUUCUAGGUUCAAAAUAACGAAUAGAAAUAAUCUAUAAAUAAAUUGGAAUUCAAUUUUGUAAAAGAAAAGCACGUAUUAAACCUUUAUCUGUUGGA